AUGUCUGCGAAUAGUGACAAGUCUACUGUCAAGAACACGGACCAGCCAGCGUCGGGUGAUAAUCAUCUUGAGCAACAGGUAUGGACGACACCAAAUAGCCAGUUACUUCGCAGCGUGGCGGACGAGAUAAACAAAUCAGCCCAACGAACCGCAAAAUUGGCCGCACGAAGCCGAUACCCCAGAGAGCGGAUAUUGAAACACGCUUAA